ACGGGUCAAGAAAUUUCAAACUUUGGAGCCACAUCAGCAGUUUUAUAACAGAAUCAGUUUCUCUGUGAUUUCUCAUUUCUUCUUCUUCUUCUUGUUGAACAAUAUCACUACACAUUCUGCCCUAAUUCUUCUUCUACUCCAUAACUUCUGCUAAUUCACUUCACUUCUGUACUUUCACCGAUCAACAUUCUCCGGCACACUCAUGGCGUUUCCGUACAUGGAAGCUGUAGUCGGGUUCAUGAUGUUGAAGUACAUCUUUGAGACAUAUCUAGAUUUGAGACAGCAUGCUGCUCUCAAGCUGCCAACGUCACUUCCUAAAACUUUGGAAGGGGUGAUUAGCCAGACGUACCUUGAAAAAUGUAGAGCUUAUAGUAUUGAUAAAAGUAACUUUCACUUCGUUAAGCAGUUUGUAACAAUAAUAAUGGACUCUGCUACUUUGCUCUUUGGUGUUUUGCCUUGGAUUUGGAAAAAAUCAGGAGUUGUUCUGGAAUCCACUGGCGUUGAUGCAGAAAAUGAAAUAUAUCACACACUUACAUUCCUAGCUGGUGCAAUGAUUUGGUCUCAGAUAACAGACUUGCCUUUUUAUCUCUACUCGACUUUUGUAAUUGAGGAACGAUAUGGUAUCAACAAGCAAACAGUUUGGCUGUUCAUCAAAGACAUGAUUAAGGGCAUGAUGUUGGCUAUAAUAAUAGGACCACCCGUUGUGGCUGCCAUCAUUUUAAUAGUACAGAAAGGCGGUCCUUAUUUGGCUAUCUACCUUUGGGGGUUUAUGUUUGUUUUGUCUCUUGUCACGAUGACGAUUUAUCCAGUUUUAAUUGCACCCCUUUAUAACAAGCUCACACCUCUUCCAGAAGGCGAGCUUAGGGCAAGAAUUGAGACCCUUGCUUCCUCUCUCAAUUUCCCUUUGAAGAAGCUGUUUGUUGUUGAUGAAUCUACAAGGUCGACCUGUAGCAAUGCGUACUUGUAUGGGUUCUAUAAAAACAAGCGAAUUGUUCUUUACGAUAAUUUGAUUCAGAAGUGCAAAAAUGUGGAAGAAGUUGUUGCUGUGGUUGCUCAUGAACUUGGUCACUGGAAACUGAAUCACACAGUGUACUUGUUUGUUGCUUUUCAGGUUCUUAUAAUUUUGUUAUUUGGAGGUUAUGCACUUGUAAAGAACUCAAAGGAUCUAUUCAUGAGUUUCGGAUUCGAUAGUCAACCAACACUCAUUGGGCUCAUGUUAUAUAUGCAGACAAUAAUACCUGUCCUGCCUCUUAUAAUCUUUGGCCACAACUUCGUAAGGCGUGCUUUUGAGUUUCAGGCUGAUGCUUUUGCAAAGAAGCUUGGUUAUUCUAAACCACUUGGAGAUUCACUAGUUAAGCAGGAGGGGAACUUGUCAGGAUUGAACGCAGAUCCCUGGUACUCUGCUUAUCACUAUUCGCACCCUACUCUGGUUGAAAGGUUAGCUGCCUUAGAUGAACCUCAUAACAAGGCAGAUUAACAACAUUAUUUUCAGACUCCAAAAAGUGAUUUAGCUGCCAUAGAUAUUACCACCUUUUUUACCCUCUAAAAAGUGAUACAUUUAUCAGUUUUGGAUGAGAGUUAGGACCUGGAAAAUGCUCUUGAGGAAAUUGUAUAGGGUAACAAAUAUCAUGUAUAUUCAUUUAGAGAACCUGUGAAUUUCAUGUAUACCUUUUGAAAUAUCAUAUUAUACCAAACCCAAUUUUACAUA